CAAAAUAUUUUUUUUGGACAAAUGUCAGUUUACAGCGAUGAAUAAGGUGAUCAGUGAAGUCUGACAGUUUUUGCAUUUGAAAUUCGACUGCACAUUCUGAGACAUCCCUUCCAGCUGUCUCUAACUUCCUCAUUUUAUGGUGAUAUCAGUGACUUUCUCUUUGCUGCUAUUGUGUGAGUUAGCUUUUCGGCUACAGCCUCGGGUUGCGAUGUUUUUAAAGAGUGGAGAAAUUGGAUUUUUAGAAGCUCCCACCGAUGGAAUUCAACACUAUCUAUUUAUCUAUCACUAUCUAUAUCUAUUUGUCAGAAGUACUUUGGAUACGAUUUGAACAACCAUGACGACCUCAGCAACAUGCACGGUUGGUUCCAGAAACUCUUGAAAUCGAGAGGAUCUUUAUCAAAGCAACACAAUAAAGAAGCCACAAAAGGUUCAGUGUCUUCUGUUAGUGGUGCAUUAACAUCAUCCUCAUCUACAUUACCAUCGUGCGCUUCGUCGUCGCUGUCAUCAUCACCCGGGGGGACCCCCUCAAAACCACGGCAGCUGCCUACUGUUCUCAGUUGUGAGUUGAGAUGGAAAAGAAAGUAUGACCUAUUUGUUUGUCACAGCAGCGCCCAAAGUGACAUUGAAGAGGCCACACGCCUGGUCUCCUUCCUUGAGGAUUCGCCCCGCAGCCUCAGAUGCUUUCUAUGGCAGAGGGACGCCUGUCCAGGAGGUGCAGUUUGCACCGAGUUUUGUCAGGCAGUGGAGAACAGUCACUUACGAGCUCUGCUUAUCACUCCUAAUUUUGUUCAGGAUGAUUGGUGUAAUUAUAUGAUGCACCAGGUACUGACAGAGGGACCCAUGUCCAAUAGGAUGAUUCCUCUGCUUCACAGCCUGUCCCACUCUCAGUACCCUAAGGAGCUGAAGUUCUACUACUACAUUGACCUGAGCAGGAACCCCAUCCAAGCCUAUACGCUUGUCAACAGGACGGUACUCCAGUACCUGGAGGACCUGGUUAAAAAAGAGGUGACUCAUAAUUUCCAGAUGAGUGGCUCUAGCAGUGGAUUAGAUGGAGCAGACAGCUCAAAAGAAGACAAGCUGAUGUCCCAGCACAGCCCUGCUGGGACUGCUAUUCCACUGGAAGUGAUGCGAAAGAGCCAUAAACACUUUAGUGGCAUUUCCUGUGAUCAGCAGCAGCAGCAAUUAAAGAAUAUGACGCAGGAAGGGAGAAACUUAGCUACUGACUGACCUCCGUUUUAGUGUUCCUUUUAUCACAGCAUGCGGUUAUUGCUUUUUUAACACUGGAUAUGUGGCAGAACAAUAAAAAUGAUCAGCAUGGGAAUUCAAUUUUCCUGUCACAGCUUGUGAACUAUAGUGUGAGUGCGCAAGAUAUUUAAAUGUAAACAUUAAAGGCGUUUGUGUUUGUAGUCUCAGCUUUGUAAUGAGAGGAGGUUGUCUUUUCCACUAGGUGGUGUAUUCUACUGCAAAUUCCGACAAUAGAGAGUACCAGUGAGAAAACAUGAAUGGGUCAUAUCAUGAGGUCUGUGUGUGGGUUGUGUAUGAGAAAGGGAAAUACCCACCCAUUACAAACUGAUGACAGUGGUAUGACAUUUGAACUGGGCUUCGAGUGAUAACACAGGGAAUGUAAUUCCUUUUUAGGAAAAAAAACCCCACACUUCUUUCUUCAUUUUAAAUUAAAUAUUUCUUUAGACUUAUCAUCUUUUGCUGUUAGUAUUUCUGCCAACCUGCCAACCAUUGUUUCUUGUUUGGAAUUGCAGUGCAUGGGUGUAUUUGAACGUGUGUUGUCCAGACUGUAUCUUCCUGACACUUGGACAGUGUCAGACAGCACCAGGUCCGGUCCAACUAUAACUAAUGAAUAAAUAGUUGAAACAAAGUCUGAUCAAGUUGAAAAUUUGUUGUGAACCCCUAUCGUCGUUCCAAGGGAGCUUUCACUUCUCCUUGGCAGACUUCACUAUUCAUUAAGCAUAACAAACAACAGGUUUUAGAUAGCUGACAUUAAGUUUAGUCCACUCAUCGUGGAAUAUGAAGUAUUCACAGUAUCAAGUGGAGAACAAUGUGUGAUGUUUUUUUUUUUUUUUCCAAAAAGCAGACAGGGCUUAUAUUCCCUUUACAAGGAAUCGUUUGCACUGAAGAUGUACUACUGUGUUCUGUUCCUCACUCUUCCCCAACCUCCUAAACAACAGCAGACAUUUAGCGCUGCAAACAGAGAUCCCUUAUAAUCGGCUAUUCCGUGCCAAGCCAACGUUGCAACAUAAAAAUUUAGACUAAUCUCUAAAAGGAACAGAUGUUCUAUGAAGCCUUUGUUGUUACCAAAUCCUUGAGCAUGCGCAUGUGUACGCACACACACAUUCAGAUGUAGUUAUGUGAAUGGCUGUUAACGUCAGACAAAACACGUGUCACAUUUCACAUACGUAAUGUAAAAAGCAAGCUAAACUAACGAACUGUGGCCCUAUAAAUGGUCUGAUCACGAUCGCUAAUGAAUGCCAGCAAAUUGCAGAAUGUAAGCUGAAUUCUGUUUUCUCAUGCUGUGCUCUGCUGUGCCGUGUUAGCUAACGUUAAGGCACAGCAUUGUUGGACUUGGACAUGAAUUCUCAAUUAAUGUGAGAAUUUAAUCAAGCUGUUUAUCAGAGAGGAAGCAUAUUUGAGCGCUAGCCUAACAUUAGCUGCCAUAAUGUUAGCUUAUAGCCACCUGUUGCUGUUUAGCUGCUUCAUUGUCGUGAUUCCAGAUGUCUAAUCUUCUGACACUAAGUAAUUGUGACAAUAUUCUGAAUACAUAAGCAUUUUAAUGUAUCCUUUUGUGUGUAAGAGCCCUGACUUCGGUUCAGGUAAUGGCACUUGAAGCGAGUAGUAUAUUUAUGAGUACAGUAUUCUUUUUUUUUUUCAGCUCAGGAGGCAGAGCAGAUCAUCUACCAAUCGGUUGGUGGUUUGAUCCCUGCCUGCUCCUGUCUACAUGCCAAAUAUCCUUGGGCAAGAUAAUAAACCGAAGUAGCUCUGUGAUGCAUCCAUCAGGGUAUGAAUGUGUGUGAAUGUUAGAUAGCAAGCAGUUCUGCAUAGAAAUAGUGCUUGUAUAACUGGCUGUGAAUAGGUGAAUUAAGCAUGUUGUUUAUAAAGCACCUUGCUUCAGGACAGUAUAAAUGUUCCAUAUAUCAAUCAGUGUUAGACUAAAAUCUGCCAAAAUAUAAAAGGUUUCCUUUGUUUAUAAAGACAAAACAUGAUUUGAUUAGAUUGACAUGUGACACUGCAAGGCAGUGGUUUAUAUUGUUGCCUCACAGAUAUGUGUACCCUGUGUUCUAAUCCACUAGACCUAUUUUAGGCUCACUAAAAUUUGACAGCUUAAAAUAGGAUCAUAUUUGCCUGUGUGUUCUUACUGGGAGUGUGCAUGGUUUCACUGUGCCUUUGUGAGUUUAUAGGUGCGAUUGUGAGUGGAAACAGUUAUCUGUGUUAGCCCCACACAGGAUGUACCCCACCUCUUUCAUGAUUAGAGCUGGGAUAGAUUCAACAUGUCAUAUCCCUCACCUCGAACUGACCUUGAAUUGGGUAAGUGGAAGGAAAUGUUUUUGGUUUUCGAUGAAUAAUACUGAUAAAUGACUAAAAUGCUCAUCCACUUGUCUAAAGACUAAAACUGAAAACAGUGACUGUGGUUUGGUGUGGAAAAGCCCCCGAACAUGCAAGUUGAGUGUCAUCAUCCCACAAAUUUCAACACCAAGAAAGAUGUAAAGGAGAGCGCAGAGUUUAGGUCUCUUAAUAGCAAGCAGUGUGUUUUAGAUCACUAUCGUUGGGAGAGCGUUGAGCUUUAAGUCCCCUUGGUGGUCUGUACAGUGUGCGGUGGCACUGACCUGGAUCUUUCUGCCUGUGAUGAGUGAGUUCAGCUGGCUGUGCUACAGCGAUGAAGCAGCUGGGUUACAGAUAAACAUUUUCGUGGUUUCAGUGAGACUGGUGAACAUACUGAGCCAUAAGAAAUGAGAAUCACUUACAGUACAGUAGCUUUAUAGACAAAAUAAAAGACGGAAGUCUUUCCUUCCUUACCAUUGUUGCCAAGAUGCCUGCUCAAAGGGGGAAGGGGGACGUAUGAUUUUUGGAGUUUACUGUGGAGUCUUUACCACCAUGAGGCAACUGUUGUGAUUUGAUGCUACAUAAAAAAUGUUAUUGAAUUGAAUUAAAGCCACAUAAUAAACACCGUUAUUCAUUAACUUAUCUGCCACUGUGUUUUUUUAAUUGUUUCACCAGCAGCAUUAAGUUUAUAACAUGAACAUCUAGUUUUAUUGCACUUUGGCCUAUUUCUGUGUUUAUGAUUUCACUAUACCCUCUCCCCAGUGUGAAACAAGGAAGAAAGAUAAAGCUUCUAUGCAGCUACUUCUUCUACAUAACAUUUAAAAGUCUAAUUCAGGAUCCCGUUUGCUAUUGAAUUCUUGGGCAUUGUUGGGAAAAUAAUUCUGACAUCCACUUAAGAAAGACUGCACACAAUCUAUCUUAUACUGAGUCAGACAUGAUUAAUGACGAGCUAAACUUGAUGAUGGAACUGGACAAAUAAAGUCGUAAAGGAGCGACGCUUUCGUUUAAAGAACCCAAUGAAUGUUCGUUGCCAAGAGAUAUAGAAGAUGUUCAGACUGUGGUUUCUCAAAUCUACAUAAUUAAACAUCUAUGUUCUAAAAUCAAACAAGGAAUUAUGAGUUUUCUAAGGAAAAACUAAACCAACCAGUAACCGUCGUGGGUCGACCGUGGUUU